AAUAAACUCUGAUUGAUGUUUGUGUUCAGGGAGAGACAGCAGGCCUCAAAACUGGUGCGUCGCACAGAGAAGAAGCUGAAGGAGGUGAUUCUGCAGGUGGAUGAUGAGAGACGCAACACAGAGCAGUAUAAAGACCAGUCGGACAAGCUGAACAGUCGCAUGAAGCAGUUGAAGCGCCAGCUGGAGGAGGCUGAGGAGGAGGCUCAGCGGGCUAAUGCUAACCGCAGGAAACUGCAGAGAGAGCUGGAGGACGCCACCGAGUCUGCGGACGCCAUGAACCGAGAGGUCAACAGCCUCAAGAGCAAACUCAGACGUGGAGAUCUGCCCUUCACCAUGCGCCGCAUCGUCAGCCGCUCAGGAAUCGAGAGCGAUGAAGAUCCCGAAGCCAAGAGCGAAACUCCGGAACCCAAACCAGAGUGAAAGAAGCCAACACACACACACACACACACACACACACACACACACACACACACACAGUCCUGGACCACGUCGUCCUUUACAAACUCAGAGAAUCCCUCUCCAGUCUUCAUUUUGAUCUUAUUUUAGUGCCAUAGUGUAUUCACACACACACACACACUCUCAGUGGUUCUCUCGACAAUCACACACAACAGCUCCGCUCACACUGAGGACCAAAAUUGUGUUUAAUGUCAUUCAUUGUCUAGAUUAGAGGUGCGGAGUGCUAUUUUUUUUGUAUGGACGCGCUCCGCCAGUGAUCGUCCCGAAUUCUGGAUCUAUUUUUCUAACUGAAGUGUCAGAUUAAAACAGAAGAAGUGAAGAAAAGACGUUAUUUGAAGGGGACCAAAGCAACCUUGCUUUCUACGAAACUGUAUUUUAUUCCUACGUUUUUAUAAUGGUAUAAGGAUGAACGUAGCGCUUGCUCUCUCUCUCUCUCUCUUUCUCUCUGAUAAAUAAAAGAUUGUGAUGGUAAUAAUUGCAGAUAGCAGCUUACAGUUAUGCUUUUUUGGGCUAUUUAGUGAAUGGAUCCAGCACAGGAAAUAUUAGACUGACACACCACCGUAGAUAUAUGCAAAUCCAAUGGGGGGGGGGGGGGAUAAAUCGUGCCUGUUUGCUCUGAGCAAUAAAAGCGUCCUGUUUUUAAAAUUUGCAGCAGAUUGAAGGAUUUAAGAUGGAGUAAGCGAUGCACGAACUCAUUUUAGACAUGGCACUAUGCACUAUCGCCUUAAAUCUUCUCUUGGGAUGUUCCCUGUCCGUCUUAUACGUGUGUUUGUUAAUGUUCAGGGCAUGAAGGUGGAGGUUGAUUGACGGUUUCUCUCACGCACACACUGUACGCGCCGAGCACGGACGGAAAUGGCGGGAGUUCUUUUGGAAUAUGGAACGCGGCUUCCAUGGCUACCUCUGAUCACGUUUAAAAUUCUGUGACAUCACGUUUGACAUUCCGCGAUGUACGUUCACCUUAUUCUCACUGCGAAUGUAGUCAGUCAGAAUGCUUGCUCCACUGACAAGCGCGUCUAUAAAUGUAAUAAAACUGACUUAAAUCUCGCGCCAUUAAGGUUUAAAAGUGUUCUGUUUCUGAUAUUCACACAAAGAACUGUACAAAGGAUCUGAUCGGUUUGCCGUAAUCUCCCUCCUGGACGCUCGUGCUCGGCUUCUGCUUCUCGCUCACACUGCUGGGAAGUGAGAGGACAUUACUCUUCUUGAUUUUGUAAGGAUAGCUUGAGCAUGUCUCGUACUCAUUCUCUGUCUUCCUAUAAUGACCUUGUGAUGUUGUGUUCUGUCUCUGCAGCUCAUAAAUGAUAUCUGGAGAGAUUUGUCAGCAAUCUUUGGUAUAAUAUGCAAUAAAAUGGCUUUUUCAAAACCGCUUUAGAAAGUG